UUGACCACAUGUAUACUCUGAAUAUGAAUGUCACCAUAUGGAGUAGAAAAAAGACUCCUUUUUUCGACGUGGAAGCUCGCGUGAUAAUAAUAAAUACAGAGGAUGAAAACAAGUCAUCGCAGGACAGCUGUAAUGGCAGGGCUAUGGAGUGCCGGUUUGGUGGUGGUUAACUUCAUUAUUCCAUGUGUACUAGGAACUGAGUCCACUACAGCAACUGGCAACAAUCUUGUUGACUUCUGGAUUGUCCGCUUGGGAAUUAAUCUGCUGGGUUAUGCCACUGUGUUUGUACCUGGCGCAAUUAUCAUAAAUUAUUUGAGGAAGAUUAAAUUCAAUGAAACAGGAGGGCAUGGUUUUCUGGCAGAUCUUUUAAGAAACUUUGCAUUUGGGAAGGAGCAGUCUUUGCCUCUCACACAUGAGGACAACCCUGGAAAGAGAGCAGAUGCUGAAGACUCCACUUUGAGACGGGGUCUGACUUUGCUGUUCUGUGUGGUUGGACUGCAAGGCUCCUACUUAACAUGGGGGGUGCUUCAGGAGAAAAUAAUGACAUCAGAAUAUGGACGAACAGGAAACACAGCUGGAGAGUUCUUCAAAAACUCCCAGUUUUUAGUCUUCAUUAACAGAAUAUUAGCUUUCAUCAUUGGCUCAGUGGUGUUAUCCUUAAAAUCUCAACCAACACAUACAACACCACUUUAUAAAUACUCAUUCAGUUCAUUUUCCAACAUCAUGAGCAGCUGGUGUCAGUAUGAGGCACUAAAGUUUGUCAGCUUUCCUACACAAGUUAUGGCCAAGGCAUCCAAAGUUAUUCCAGUGAUGCUAAUGGGUAAGGUUGUAUCCAACAAGAAGUAUGAAUACCAUGAGUACAUUACUGCUGUGCUGAUCUCGGUUGGGGUGAGUUUGUUUUUACUCACCAGUGGAGAUGUAACUCGACACAAGGGAAGUGUGACCACAGUGUCUGGCGUGUUCUUGCUGAUUGGUUACAUGGUCUUUGACAGCUUUACAUCCAACUGGCAGGGGGAACUUUUCAAACGCUAUAGGGUAUCAUCUAUACAAAUGAUGACGGGUGUCAAUCUGUUUUCAUGUCUAUUAACUGGUGUAUCUUUAAUAGAACAAGGAGGAUUUUUUGAAUCUUUAGCUUUCAUGAGUAAACACCCAGAUUUUAUAUUUCACGCAAUAGUUCUUAGUUUAUGUUCAGCUGGGGGCCAGCUCUUCAUUUUUUAUACUAUUGCUCAGUUUGGACCUGUCACUUUCACAAUUAUCAUGACUAUAAGACAAGGUCUUGCCAUUUUGUUGUCUUGUGUAAUUUAUGGUCAUCCUGUGACGCUAAUAGGAAUUAUGGGAAUUUUCGUUGUCUUCCUUGCUUUGUUUCUGCGGAUUUAUGCUAAUCAGAGGAAACGGGCACUACAACAGAAAAACAAACAGGCUGGUAACGACUCCAAUGUUUGACUUGUAUUUUGAUGAAAUAUUAUUUUCUUAUUAUAUGCAUUGUCUUAUAUUGCUGAACUUUUUUUUUAUUGGCAGAAAAGACAGUGCCAUACUAAACUUUUAUUUAUUUUUUUUUGAAUCUCAUAUGCUUUAUAUGAUACUCUGUAUGUUUUGAAUAAUUGACAUCUCAGUAUUUUUGAUAGUGUAUUAUACAGUCAGUUUCUGUAUUAGUAUUAACCGAGUGAUAAUAGAUUGGUCAUUAUUUCAGGUAUUUUAUGUAUGAUGCGCAGAUAUUUUAGUAGGGUUUAUGCAGGUAUUAAAUUACAUUUUGUAUACAAGUAUCUUAAUCUAUGUAGUAAACUCUCCACAAAGCAAAGCACACCUAAUUGGGAUUUUUAUAUGUUACCAAACUGCAGGCCUUGGAUUUGCAGCAGAAUUUUAUAGCAGAAUUACCACAUGCAAAGAAAAUCUAUUUUAGCUUUGUGGCAUUCAUUUAUGCUCAGUGAUUAAUCGGAAAGACUCAGCAUUUUUACAUUAGACCAUUUUUAGCUCACCGAGACGAAGUCGGGGUAGCUUAUGCUAUACCCCUGGCUUUGGCAUGCGGACCUGGUUGAAGUUUUUGUUGCAGGUCCUAUAUCUAAGUUAUUACACGUUCUAUCUUCACCAAACUUGCAUGGAUGAUGCAUCUGGACCUAUUUAUCAACUUGAAAGACUUGGAUGCUGAAUCUUGGCCAUAAAUUUCAGAUGCUGGAGGAGGUUAAGGUUUUUGGAGCAGGUUAACCUAAAGUUUUUAGUGCAGGUGCCCAUUGAUAGCAAUUUCUUUCUAAGUCACUACUGGUCCUAACUUCACCAAACUUGCAUAGAUUAUGCGUCUUAUGAUACUGAUGCAAUAGACAGGCUUGAAUGCUGAAUCUGAGCCAUAGGUUUUGGAUGCUUGAAAAGGUUAAGGUUUUUGGAGCUGGUUAAAGUUUUUGGAGCAUGUGCCCUCUAAUGAUUACCCGGUAUAUUUUAAUUAUUACUAGUCCUAACUUCCCCAAACUUGAAUUGAUGAUGAUGCACAUGGCAGGCUUGGAUGCUGAAUCUGAGCAUAGGUUUCGGAUGCUGGAUGAGUUUUAGUGUUUUGGAACAGGUUACACGUUUUAUAGAUAAUAGAUUGAAUAGUUGAUUUAAGUAUAAUAUAAAUGAAUUGCAGAGGUAGCUUCAGAUGCAGAGUCUGAUCUCCAUUAUCCUCAUUCAAACCUUCUUCACAGAUGUGUUUGUUUUUUAAUGAUAUAACAAGAUUUUUAUUUCUUAGGAUAUAGUAUUGUAUGAUAUGAUACACUUUUGUUUUAUAUGAUACAGUAUUAUAUCAUAUAUUAUAUAAUUGUAAAAAAUAAUAUGAUACAAUAUGAUAUUGUAUCAAUGUAAUUGUUCAUUAUGAUAUGAUAUUGUAUCAUAAUAUUGUUCUGUAUAGUAUUAUAUAUGAAAAAAUAUUGUAUAAUAUGAUGUACUAUAUAAUGAUUUAUCACAUGAUAUUGUUUCAUAUGAUAUUGCAAUAUAUAAUACUGUAUCAUUUGAUACAAUGUUGUAUAAUAUAUAAUAUGAUAUGUUAUUGUAUAACGUGAUAUUGGUUUAAAUAAUAUAUUAUUAUAUCACAUGAAAUUGUAAUAUAUUAUAUUUUAAUAUAUAAUAUGUAUCAUGAUAUGCUAUUGUAUAAUAUAAUAUUGUUUUAUAUAGAAUAUGACUACAUCACAUGAGAUUGUAUCAUAUUAUAUGAUACAAUGUUGUAUCAAAUGAUAUUAUACAAAUAUUGACUGGGGUUGAGGGCAACAUUGAUUGUAUUAGCCCCCAAGGGAUGAAAUAUUGCCCGACACGAAGCAGAUGGCAAUACUUUUGUCCAAAGGGGGCUAAUAUUCCGUAAUCAAUGUUGCCGUAAAACACAGUCAACAUUUGUUUUGUUAUAUGAAGAAACAAACCAAAAUUUAAGAAAGUAAUUGAAAACAGAUCGCGGUAAUUUUUUCAGCUCAUCAAAGAAUUCAGGAAUUCAAUUUUGUGCAAAGUUCAUUUCCAAAUAUCCUCAGCAUCAAAGGGUCACUGGUGAUAUUCCGCCGCCCAUAAGAAUUGACAUACAGAUGUUCUACCUGAUUUUACUUCGCAGUAAUUGGCAAAUCCUUACAUAUCCGUUAUGAUACCAAACCGUCGCAUUGCGCGUCCGUUGUUUACUUGCCUUGACUGGCUGUCUAUUAUAACGUCACCUUAUUUUGGAGUCGCGAAGAGUUAUUUACGUCAUUGUUUAUGAAUCAACAAAUCCGAAGUGAUUAAUUAAAAAAGAUGGAAUAUUCUCUAGAUAUUAUUCCUAGCCGGUCAAUAUUAACAAAAUAUUGACCAGUCAAUAUUUUUUGGACGAGCUAAUAUUACAAUUAUUGACUAUUCUUCUAUAUAGAGUAAUAUAGUGAGAAUAUACUACUGAAUAUAACAAUGUUUUAUAUGUUACAAUAUCAUAUUAUGUGUCAAAUAUGAUAAAAUAUCAUACAAUACAAUAUUAUAUUAUACAAUAUGAUUUCAAAGUUACAAUAUUGUUGUGUAUUGUGUGAUAUGAUAUUAUAUCAUAUAAUACUAUAUUAUAUAUAAUAUGAUAUUGUAUUAUGUGAUCAAACACAAUUGAUCGUGACACAAAGCAUAUGCACGUCUGUAAAGAUUUAUAAAAUAAUAUCUACAAAAUAAUAACCGUAAAUUUUGUAAAAGUUAUACAUUUUUCUUGAACAUCAUUGUCAAAAGCCAUUCUAGAAUAAGGUUUAAAACGGAAGGAAACAUGUUUACAGAAGAAUAUCCCCUCUGACUUCUUGAAGUCGUGUAUAAGGUCAUAUAUAAAAAAUAGUCUUAUGUAAAAAUGCUGAGUUUUUAUUUUUGUCAUAAGUUUAUCAUAGAUUUCUAGGAAGGUGUACUGUACUGUGUGGAAUGCUAUAGAUGAUACAAUUAACAGAUCACCCUUUGAUGAAAGAUGGUAAACUUAAUUACUUGAAGGAAAUGUGCACUUACAAUAUGUGGGAGUGUUUACUACCUACAUGAGACCACAGUUUGAAGGUUGUUGUCAUGAGCUGGAUUUCUUGACGUGUAUAUAUAUUUUAGCCGAUAUGUGGUUAUUUGUUAGUUGUCAUGUAACUGCAAUUGCAUACAUUGAAAAAAAAGUAGAAAUGGGCUCUGAUUUUUUUUGGUUUCUGGCAUCGUUUUGCUAUAGUUUUAUAUUCAAAAUAAAAAUGAAUGAACUUUU